CCCAGGGGACACCUGCCCUCAGGGGAGGCUGAUAGCCUGUCCUGGGUGGCCGCUCUGGCUGUUCAGGGUGAGCCUGCGUCCUGAGACAGAGCAAGAGCCUGGGACAAGCCUCCAGCACCAGCUCCCACCUCUCCCCACGCCCCGCAGAGAAGAAGGGCUACCGGGAGGCCUACGUCAGCGCCCCACUGGAGCUGGACCCAGAGCUGACCAGCAGGAACCAGAAGGAGAGUGGCCUGCACCCCCUUACUGCCUCUGGCUCAGCUCUGCUGGCAGCCACGGCAGGUCCCACGCGCCAGGCGUGGGGGCCGACCCUCAGCAUGCAGACUCUGGGGAGGUGGCUGAGGGGCUCUGCAGGAAGAUGCCGUCCAUCAGCCCCGGGGACAGUGGUGGUAGCCAAAGUGGGCUGAGAAGAACUCGAUAGUGAAGAGCCUGGCCCGCCCCAAGUGUAGGCCCUGGGAGAGGCCAGGCGGCUUGUCACUGUGACUCUGGGAACAUGCCAGCAUGCACACCCAGGGCCACCUGGUGCCACCCAAGGCCAGCCAGAGUCAUCUGGGGUUACCCAGGGUCAGGCAGAUCCAUCGCCAACCCAGUGUCCACUGCUGGCCUUUGCCUCGGAUGUCUGGGCCAGUUCUGGUCUAGACCCAGCGGAAGUGACCGCAGCACCGCCUGGCACGGAAGUGUCUUCUAUCUGACCUGGGAGCAGGCCAGGGGUCAAAGCCACAGGACAGCGAGCGCCGCUGGGGAGAGCGGCCACCAGGACACCACCUGGCCUCCCCCAGCCUCAACAUGGAUGUGCCUGGGGGGACUGCCACCCCAGCUCCUGGGGAGGUCCUGGGCUUCCUCCCCUGACAGGAGCCAGGCGGGCAAGGAGAGGGAGCCCGCGUCAGGCCGAGCCAGACGCCCUGGGCUUGCUGGCACACGGGGCCUCGUGUGGGUCACAGACCACCUCCCACCUGCUGGCCAGGAGUGGUGCUUGGCCCCCGGCUGGGAGUCGGGCCCAGGGCAGAGCACUGGGGCGGGCGGCAGCAGCCCGGGUGCGGGCAGGACUUCCCCGCCAGCCUGCUCACGCCCGCCCUCCUCCUCAGCCUCCCACUCAGAGCUUCACCCUGGUGCAGGUCUCGCCGGUCAGGACCAGGGGCCGGAGGACCAAGGCCCGACACAAGGUCCAGGAGGCCGAGGCUGGCCACAGGGAGGACCUGCACAGCCGCAGCCUGGACCACACGCACCAGCCCCCACGGGCACCUGCCUCUCACCACUACGCCUUCGGCUGCACCCUGGCGGGGCUGCUGGCACCCCAAGAGGCCAGGGCUGCCCUCUGCCGCAAGAGGUCCAUGCGCUGCCUCUCCCUGGGCCUGCUCAGGGAGGGCCGGACCCCCAGGUUCGUGGGGUGGACGCUGCCCAUGAGCCUCGUGGGCAGCCGGCCCCGACACUGCACUGUGGCCAACCUGCGGCAGGCGGUCUUGGCCCUCACUCCCUCCCAUCUACCCACACCCACUUCCUGGCCAGCUUCCGAUGGCCUCCACCUGUAGGAGGUGUGGAGCCAGCUCUGACGUCAGCCAGGGUGACGCCAGGUCCUCCUCGUGGCUGCCUGUGGCCUGCGAGCUCCCUCCCUGUCCCCAGCGGGGAGUCAAGGUCUGGCCUCCAGCGUCCAGCAGAGCAGGCAUCACUGGUGUUGGCCCUGGGCUGUGCAGCAGCCGUCCACAGGUGUGGGCGUGAGACGGAAUGGGGGACCUUGAGGGCACAGCUCAGCACCCACACUCAGUCCCGCGUCCUCGCCGCGGUUGCUGCCUGCCUCCGGGGCUCUGCUCAGAGCCAGGUCCUCGGGGAGCCUCCCCAGACCAGAGGCACUGGGCCCCUCUACGCCCCGACACCCACAGCCUGUCACUCUGGUGGCCAAGAAGCCUCUGCCUUCCUAGAGGGUCUGGUCUCCCAACGCAGCCUCGAAGAGCUUCCUAAGGGUCUGGUCUCCCAACACAGCCUCGAAGAGCUUCCUAGACUUCUGCUGAAUGAUUUCCUUCCAACAAAUCAGUGUGAAACACCUUUAAAACCAGGGACCUCAGACCUCUUCCAGGUUUGAAGAGAGCGGGGUGCUGCUCCAGCCCUCCACACGGGAGCUCCUGGGGGUCGCGUGGGACCCUGCCUGCCCACACAAGGUCAGAGCCCAAGGUUGCAGCCUCUGGCCACUCGAUGCUGGUCACCAGCGCAGGCCGUCUUCUGGAGGGGUGCACUCCACUGCCACCCAGAGCUGGGCUCCUUGCCUCCGGAGACGCUCAGGGAUCCUUUGGAGCUGGGUGCUGCUGGGAGUCGGGGCGAGCUGGGGACAGCUCCACGUGCUGCCCGUCGCUGCUGGUGGCUCUCUGGACCUACAGGCACCUCUCCAGAGUCCUGAGCCCCUGUUGAGAACCUCCACACUCCACAUCCAGUGUUGAACAGGGUCUGCACCGACCUGGAUUCCACCUCGACCUUGCACCAGGCCUGCGGUCAGGCCUGUCCAAGCCUGCAGGCAAGGGAAGGACGGGGGCUGUGCUUGGCGGUCACACCCCCCAUCUCCACGCUCACGGCCAAGUGAAGGCCAGCCCAUGCUGCAGCACCCUCUGGGCACAACCACCAGACCCUGGUUCCUCCAUGGUGGGCAUUUGAGGGUCCUGGGAGACCACCAGACAACCUCCUCGCAGCCUCUCCUGUGGCGCACAGAGUUCCUGUUCACAGCCUCCCCAGGCAGGAGUGCCUCCGGGGCAGGGUCUUUGCCAGAUGACCAGCAGAGGUGGCCCACCCUCCUGCCCCAGCUCUCCUCUGCUCUCCACAGCCCCUCCUGUCCCACAGAACCCCAGCCUGAGGGGUGGGGAGGACGCAGUCCCCGCAGGCGUGGGCGCAGGCUUCUCUGCCAGCCUGGUGCACUGGGGCUCAGCACAGGGGUCACAAACAAGGACCGCAGCUCUCAGGUCGCGAGCGAGGCCUGUGACGUGGCUCCCACACUCACGGACACCAGCAGCAGCAGGUCCCCUCGCCCCCCGCAGGCCCCCAUAGUGCCCUGGCAUCAAGUCCCCAGAUGCUGCGUGGUCUCCCACGUGUGGGGGUACGUGAGUUCAGGGGCUGGGAGACAUGAGACCGGGCGUUUCUUUCCCAGGUGCCCAGGGUGCACACCAGCCACCAAGAUCCAGAGGUCUCGUCACCGCCUGCUGCUAUGCCCGGCCUGGGUCCUCACUCGGCCAGGGGCGUGACAUACACCACCUCUGGGGUGCGGCACGCUCCGUGAGGCCUCCCUGGCCUGUACUGCUCACCCAUCCUCACCCCAGCUCACAGAAAGGAAAUGGGGCUUUGGCUGCCCGGGACACUGAGCUGUGAGGAGGCAGAGCCCCAUCCGUCUGGCUCCGGAGCCUGUGUGUGGAGCUCCUAGGACGGUGGCCUCAUGGGGGCCAGUGCCUGCCAUGCGGACGGUGCAGCUCUUCACCCACCUGCACACCUGCUGCCCCACUGGUUCCAGCAGGAGGCUCCCUGGAGGAGCCUUCCUCCUCCCUCAGCCUCCUGGACUGGGUGAGCUGGCCUGAGCUGUGUGGGGAUCUCCUGUCCAUCCAGCCCCAGGUCCCUGGGGUACAACAGGCUCAUGGAAUCCAAACACUUUUAUUCCCUGGGUACAUGCACAACAAACAGUGACAAACGGCACACUUCGAAGAAGAGGCUCAUUGAGAUGCCGAGCCGGCGCCCGACCUCCUCUUCCCGGGGCAGGAGGGCCUCCUCCCAGCCUGUCCUCGCUCAGCCUGCCGAGCUCGGGUCCCAAACCCCAGGCCCUGCAGUGUCUCUGCUACGUGCUUCUGCCCGGGGGACACACAGAGAAUCACCAGGAGCUUUGCAUCACCCCCUUAAAUAAAAUGA